AGAACGACAAACAAGCAAAAAUUAUACAAAAAUGUCUCGAGGUGGUGAAUUGGUUUUCAAAACGAAAAAAACGAGUGAGAAGAUAUCGGAAAACAUACAUAUAUUCGCUAACGAUCCGUCGUUGGCGUUUUUUCGAGUACAAGAACAUGUUCGUAAGGUUUCCCCAGCGAUUUUCGAGAAACGCGAUGAGGUCUUCCAACUGCAAAACAAUCUCCAGGGACAUUGCUACGACAUGGAAUACGGAAUUCAAGCCCUGCGAACAAUUGAAAAAUCGGAAAGCAUAUUCGACAAUAUACAAGAGAUGAUUAAGGCUUCAAUAUUCCUAAAGCAACAGCUUAAGUACGAGGAAAACAGAAAGAAAAUCAAAAAAGACAGCACCAAAUCUUCAGUUUAUAAACGAUUCUCCGCUCAUCUCGCCUUGGACCUGCCGGACUUACCAGAUUUCGGUGGCGUUAUGCGGGAAACUAGCCAGCGAAUGGAGAAUAUGAUUGGACCCGCUGCAGGAACAGCGCGUACUGAUGCCCAGGCCACGCAAUCCAGUAAUCCUGGGGAACUCCAAAGAUCUUAUACGACACUCCAUUAGUUUGUUCUGGUUUUAAGGUUUUAGUUUAAGCUUUGUACCAAUACUUUCUAUGUAUGUAUGUGUUUGUGAUUAUUACAAAAAAAAAGUGUAAUUUAAUUGUUUAGUAUUACAAAUUAAAGUAUUUAGAAUCAUGAA